GCAUCGACCGCAGCAACCAGAUCAUCAGUGAAGCAUUUGCAUCGAUCAAACUAAGAAGCAGCAGCAGCAGCAGCAGCAGCACACACAACAGUGGUGCCGUGAGUUUGCAGUUUGGUGAGCUGAGUGAUAGGCCCGAGCGAAGAAAAAAAAGGAUUCGCAUCCUUGCAAGGCAGGCGACGAACGCGCUGUAACGAAACAGAAAAAAAAGCAACGAACCUCGAAGCGUCUUAAGCGUACGAGCAGCAGGAACAGGAUACACGCAAUGAAGACGUUCGUGCUGGUGAGCUGUUGUUUGGUCCUGGCUUCCGCCCGACCGGAAGCAGGAUACUCAUACAAUCGUCCAUCAACUGGCGGCUCGCACGGUGGCGGCGGCGGCGGCUACUCGUCCGGCGGUGGCUCCUUCACGUCUGUCGGUGGCGGCGGCGGCGGCAGCUACAGCGGUGGCUUCUCGUCCGGUGCCGGUGCUAGCUUCGGCAGCAGCGCCGGAGGAUUCGGAGGCUCAUCGUUCAGCUCGAGCGGUGCGAGCAGCUUCGGCGGCGGCGUGAGCAGCUUCGGCGGCGGCGGCGGCAGCAGCUUCGGCGGCGGCUCGUUCGGCGGCGGCUCGUUCGGCGGCGGCUCCCAGCAGGCCAUCAUCCAGAAGCACAUCUACGUGCACGUGCCGCCCCCAGAGCCGGAGGAGGUGCGCGUCCAGCGCCCGAUCCAGCUGGCCGCCCCCCAGAAGCACUACAAGAUCAUCUUCAUCAAGGCCCCGUCGGCCCCGUCCUACCAGGCGCCGCAGAUCCCGAUCCAGCCCCAGAACGAGGAGAAGACGCUCGUGUACGUGCUGGUGAAGAAGCCGGACGAGCAGCAGGACAUCGUCAUCCCGACGCCGGCCCCGACCCAGCCCAGCAAGCCGGAGGUGUACUUCAUCAAGUACAAGACGCAGAAGGAGUCGAGCGGCGGUGCCGCGUCGGGCGGUUACGCAAGCGCGGGCGGCUUCGGCGGCGAUCUGGGCGGCGGACUCGGCGGCGGACUCGGUGGAGGUGAUCUGGGCGGCCACGGUUCGCUCGUUGGCGGUGAUCUCGGCGGCCACGGUGGACACGGUGGACACGGGGGCGACCUCGGCGGCCACGGUGGUUCGGGUGCGUCCGCACCGGCUGCACAGUACGGUCCGCCCGGCAAGUCCGGCCCGUACUAAACCAAACCGACACAAACACACACACACACACGGGACCACGUAGCUAGUCGUAACCACCUGUAAACAACACAGACACAAACACACGCCUACACAUCGCACAAGAGGAGAACAUGGCGCUGUCUCCGUCCCAACUGUGCGCAUUCGGGCGCCUCCCAAUCUUUCUCACUCUCGAAGCUCUGCAGUAUCCAUCGGCACUUUCUCUCUCUCUCUCUUGGGUCCUUUAGCGCAGCACGCUUUGUAUAUAGUUUCUAGCCAUCCUAUCGCCGCCAUCUUGUGACCGACCACGCUCUACUAUUCACGUCCUUUUCGUACUGCGCGGCUGCCGCCUUCCGGGCUUCCCAAAAAAACCCAAACAAGGAUCGCGUUCGCGAGCGAAAGAGCAAAAUAGAGAGAGAGAGAGAGCGAGCGAGAUCAGAUCACCAAGCGAAGCAGAAGGAGAAGAAGAAGAUGAAGAACGACCAUGCGCGCACUGAGAGGAUCACGGGUGCCCUCCGCCACCCCGGAACAACUGCCGCCGAAUUUAUUUAGUGCGCUAAGGACGACGCUGCUAUUUCAAUCGUUCUUGGCCGUUUCACUCUUUCAUGUCCAGUUCGGUUCGGACGUAAAAUGUCCUCCCCUCCCCUUUCCCCCUCCUCAUCUGUCACAAUCUGUCUCUCUUUCUCUCUCUGUGUUUCCCGCCCCCACCUAGGUUUACAAUGUAUUGUUAAUUACUCACUUACGUUACGUGUUAUUACUUUUAAACGUUAUUUUUUCAAAAUGCAAAUUAAAAAAAAAACAACGGUGACAAAUUUUGAAAAA